AUGGAAGGUAAAGAUAUGCUAAGUUGGGAGCAGAAGACAAUGCUAAACGAGCUCCUUCUUGGAUUUGUGGCGGCGAAAAAGCUUCAGGCGCGGCUCGGAGAAGCCCCAUCGCCAUCGCCGUCGUCAUCAUCUUCUUCUCCGGUGGCGUUUGCGGCUGAGACGAACGAGAUCCUCGUGAAGCAGAUACUUUCUUCAUACGAGAAGUCUCUUCUCAUGCUAAACUGGUCCUCCUCACCACCCGUACAACUUAUUCCGACGCCGGUUCCGGUGUCUAAUUCCGGCGGAGUUCCGGAAUCUCCGGCGUCGAUCAACGGAAGUCCGAGAAGUGAAGAUUUUGCUGAUGGAGGAGGUUCCAGCGAGAGUCAUCGCCAAGAUUACAUCUUCAAUUCAAAGAAAAGAAAGAUGUUGCCAAAAUGGUCAGAAAAAGUGAGAAUAAGUCCAGAGAGAGGCUUAGAAGGACCUCAAGAUGAUGUCUUCAGCUGGAGAAAAUACGGCCAGAAAGACAUUUUAGGCGCCAAAUUCCCCAGGAGCUAUUACAGAUGCACGCACCGAAGCUCACAGAACUGUUGGGCAACGAAGCAAGUCCAGAGAUCGGACGGUGAUCCAACGGUUUUCGAAGUUACAUACAGAGGAACACACACUUGCCGGCAGGGGAUCACUCCUCCUCCACCACCGGCCUCACCGGAGAAGCUAGAAACCAGACCCAAACCCACCGCUACUCAAAAGCCAAAUGACCUUCUCGAGAGUCUCAAAACCAGCUUAACGGUACGAACCGUCGGGCUUGACAACGGCGACGACGUUUUCUCGUUCCCUAAUACGCCGCCGUUUUACGAUUACGGGACUAUGAACGGCGACUUCGGCCACGUGGAGAGCUCUCCGUUACUCGACGCUGUUGAUUGGUUUAAUCCAACGGUCGGGAUUGACACGUCGUUUCCCACGUUUUUACCAGAAUCAAUCUAUUACUGA